AGGAAUAUUUAGCUGUCAGAAGGUCUUGUCCUACAAACAUUGACAAUAAAAAUGAUACAAUCAAGGUAAUGAACCUGAUACACUCGAAUGGGAAGAUAUAUUUCUAUUAUGAGAACAUUCCUACAGGACUUAAGAAAGGCGAUGUUGUAUCGAGCUUUAUUUAUUAUUUCAAAUGUGGGCAAGAAUGGAGAGAUCCUAAAAUAGAUGUUCCUCACGAAUGGAUCAAAAGUGGAACGCUAGUGGAAUAUGAAGUUCUCGGUG